GUAUGCCAAGAAACAGGAAACUGUGACCUACACAUGGAAAAAGCAAGCAGCUAAAACUAACUGUGAGAGGGCCCUGAUGUCAGAUUUAAUGGACAAUGACUUCACAGCAGCCAUUAUAAAUAUGUUCAAAGAUCUAAAGAAAACUGCAGAAAUAACUGUUCAACCAACGGUGGAAGAGGCUUCUGACAACUGCACUCAAGAAUGUCUCAUCUUGGGCCACUCUGAUGCCUGCUGGAUGCCAGCUUCUCUGAUCCAUUCCAGUCUUUCACAGGCACAGGCCUCUGCUCUAUGCCACAGCCCACCCCUGACACAGAACUCUGCUCGCUGCCGCAGCCCUCCAGUGACACAGACCUUUGCUCUCUGCCACAGCCCUCCAGUAACCCAGGCUAUUGCACUGUGCCACAGCCCUCCACCUGUACAGGCCUCUGCUCUUCACCACAGUCCUCCUCUAGUGCAGGCUUCUGCACUUCGCCACAGCCCACCACCAGCACAAGCCUCAACCCUCUGCUACAGCCCUCCUCUGCCACAGGCUGCUGCCCUCCGUUGUAACCAGGCCCAGCCACCAAUGAGUUUGCAGCAAGGUUGGAUGCAAAGGGCUGGAACUGAUGGACUGCGUUCUCUUGAUCAGGGAGUGCAAGGUAGUGCAAGAUCUCAAUUUUACACCAUGUCUGAAAGACUUCAUCCCAGUGAUGAUUCAAUUAAAGUCAUUCCCUUGACAACCUUCACUCCAGGCCAACAGGGCAGACCCUCUCGGGGUGAUUCCCCCAUUAUGGAAGAACAUCCCUUGUAAAGCUAAAAUGGCUCUUUCACAUUUUCAGACUGGAUGUAUAUAGUCAAAGUUUAAGAUCCAAUUUCAACGACUAUUCCAAACUGUUAGGUUUGUAAAUAGCUGUGUAAAUAGAAAGAGAUAGCAGAAUAAGUCUAGAGCUAGACGCUUAGUCAAAAGUUAAAAAUAAAUUAACAACUUGUUUAAUUCAGAAUGUGUAUUAAAAAAAGAAAAGAAAUAGAAAUUGAAAAAUUCACAUCCCUUUGUACAGAAAGGCUUAUCAUGACAGAAAUUAAUAUGUAGUCUAUACUAUUUCUGAUGUACUCUAAUUUUUUUCACUUUAUUUUUUUUUUACCACAAUGUGCAAUAUUACUGAUACUUUUCUAUUCUGAUUUUUGUGGACCCAGUACACAGCAAAUGGAAAACCAGUAAAUAUCUGAUUUUCCAAGUUUACCUUUAGUUUAUUUCAACUUUUGUUCAGAUAACAUUAAAAGGUAUAAGUACUGUGGCAUUUUCAUUUGUCUUUUUGCUUGAUUUUUGUUUGUUGUCUUGCUUUUCGUUGUUAGUGUUUCUCCCUUCAAAAAUGCAGCAGUAGAAAGUGUAAAUACCACUUACAGUUUUGCCCUGUUUUUUAUGUUUUCUACAUUUAUUUCAAUAAUAUACUGUUGAUAUAAUUUGUAUAUACAUUUUCAGUAAAGAUCAUAUAGAAAUUGUACAUACAACAUAUUUCUCUACUCUUUAGUAGAGUUCGAGACACUGAAGUGCAAUAAUUGUGCCCAAAUUAGCCAACUACUUGCUAAAAAGGGCCUCUUUUUUUAAAAAAAUGUAUCUUUGUAGUUUAGUGUAAAGUACAUCAGAAAUAAUAUUGUAUCUGCCAUUUUAAGCCUAUAUUCCAUUAUCAAAUGGGUCUUUACCUUCUAGAAUUUGUAUAUAACAGCUUAGAAAAUUACAAGGAAGGUGGAUGAAUUCAAAGCAUGAUUCAUUUACAGCUAUGACUCUAAACUGCUAUUUUCUAGAGAAGAUCAGGAAGAUGUAAAUGUUGAUUUGAUGACUCAAUAGUCUGCUACUGAAAGAUUUUUAGUAAAAAGAACAAACAAAUGAAUAUAACUGUAGAUAAAACCAUAUACUAAACCUAUAAGACUAAGAGAUUUCUGUCAUUCUAGCUCAACUUACUGAAGAAAACCACUGAUAACAAGAUGAAAGUCAGGAAGAAACUUUUCAAGAGAUGUAAUUAUAAAUCUACAUCAAAUGUAUUACAGUAUAGAAUUUUAAGGAGAUGUGCAGAGGGAGAAAUAAAGUUCAUGACUGCUUCUUGGGGUGGAUAAGAAAUACCCCAAUAACACAUACAAAAAACCAACAAAAUCUCACAUAUGAAACAAAAUAUGUCCUUCCAAGCAAAGAAUACAGUAGUAUUGGUAGGAAACAUUAGCUUCCUUCUGUUGUCUGUUCUUUAUUUUCUGGUUUUAUCCUCUUAAGUGGCCAUUAUGUCCUAUGUGCACAUUUCAUAAAUUUACAGAAACAUCACUAACUUAAUUUUCCUCCAUAGCAAAACCGAGAAAAUGUCUUGUUUCAGUAUUACACUAAACCAAGAGACGAUUGAUAUUUUAUGGGGGGGGGGGAGUGAAUAUUUCUUGUUGAUUAAAUUAGUUGUAGACUUUGUAAUGUGUAACUUGAAGAUAUGUAAUUUAUGAUUAAACUGUGUGUAAAUGUUGUAAUAUAAACUGUGGUCAAUGUAUAAUUUCACUGGUGAAGGUUUCCACUGAAUGUUGAGAAAGUUUUUCUUCAUGUGCCCGGCAGCUUAAGUAGCGUUUUGAGAAUAUAUUGUUCCCAUUGUAAAGCUCUUUAAAUCAUAUUUGAUUUGAUGUGUAGAAUAACUCCUUAACUUUUAAGUACUAGAGUUGGAUUAGUGAACUUUUAAGUUCAUUCUUUUUUUUCUCCUUUGCGUUUGUUAAUAUUCCAAGGGAUUUGGAGCAUACUGGUUUUCCAGGUGCAUGUGAAUCCUGAAGGACUGAUGAUUUUGAAACAUGAUCAUAUAUAUGCGUUGAUAUUGUUGUUGUUAAUACAGAUUUCAAGCCUGGGGAAGAUAAGGAAACCCAGAAUAACAAAAUCAGUGCUUCCAGUAGAUUUUAGAUUUUUUUCUCUCAAAAGCUUGCAAAGAUUAUGCAAGUGAGAAUUUUUCUUCCAUUUUAAUUAUUUCCACAUUUUUCCUCUCCAUACCUUUAGUUUACUUAUGAUCUACACACACACACAAAUUUAAAAGGAGAUAAAAAGGAGAAGCUGAAAGAUUAUUAAAUGAUUUGUGAGAAAUCUGAACAGUUACUAUAUACGUUCAUGGAAAUCAGAAUAAGAACCAACGUUAGAUAUUUGGGAAGUUUUUCUGAUAGUGAAAUUUACUGAGUUCCUAGGGAGGCUCUUAAAUCCUCAUACUAAAAAUUUGAGAAGUUCCAGUACCUUUCCUAGAGAUAUAGGAAUGAACAAAUAUGCUUUUAUUGCCCUUUCUAACUCUGAUUUUAUAAUCAGACUUAGACUGUGUUUAGAAUAUUAAAUGACUGGGCACCCUCUUCUGUGUUUGUACCAGAGAGGAUUUGAAUGGAAGCAGGCUGAGUAGCCAAAGAGGCAAGGGGUGUGAGCCCAGUUAUUCUCCCCUUUGCAUUCUCUUUCUAAGCUUCCACUUAGGUCUGGCCUUGGAAACCUAUACAUUCAGGGCUUUAGAUCAGAUGAGAUCUUUCUCAUCAUAUUACACAUUUUUUCUUUGAAUGGAUGGACAGAGCAAUCGAUUGACAAAGCUCACAGGUGGCUCUUCUGAUGUGCAAAAAAUGUUCUAAAACUGCAAAAUUUCUUAUUUUACCAUCAAUCAAAAAUUUGUUUCCCUUGAAAAAAGAAAGAUUUGAUUUGGUUUGAAAUUAGAACUUUAAAUACAAAUGAUUAGUAUGAUACCAAUAUGUUCAGCCGGACUGGUUAUUCUAUUUUGUGGCCAUAUUCAAUUACAUUGUGAUUAUUAAUUUUCUAGCUAUAGCAUUAAUAUACCACAUUUAUAAGUAUGUAUUCAAACACUGUGUAUCUUAUAUGCUAAGUAUAUACACAUUCUUUUCUUGACCUUUAUCUUCAAGUUUUAACUAAUACUGUGUCAGUGUAUUAAAAACUAGCCUUUACAUGUGAUAUCAACAGUGUAAUAAAUUUAUAGUCCAUUUUGUGUAGUCUCAUUUAGUUAUUAUUACAUUUUAUUCUUAAUUAUGUAAAUUUUGCUAGAAAAAAAUAACUGUUAAAUGAUUAGUGCAAUUGUGUAAUGUUGACAGUUAUGAGGAGCCUCUGCCUUCCCAAACUAAUAUUUGUCACACACUUUCAUUAAAAUGGGGAAAAAAAUAGACUAUAAGAAAUCAUAAAGUGUACAGUCCUUAAAAUGUAUUGAUGUCACACGAAAUAAUCCUUUUCAGUCCUGGGAAAAUUAAGUGGGGUUUAUUCAUAUGCAUAUAUCAACAUUAGUUUUUUGUUUGUUUAUUUGUAUUAAGGCUGCAUGUGCAUAUAUCUCCUACUAUACAUUUAUGAAAAUCUACUUGUUUAGGCUUUUAUUUAUGCUCUUCUGAUUUAUAUUUUCCAUUAUAGUUAUCAUUUCUUGUCUUUCUUCUUUCAUAUUUUUUGCAAACCAAAUUUAUAGUUAUGUUUGAUAAACUUUUUAUCACAUCAUUAGACAUUAUUUUGGCUAUUUCCAACUUGGUCAAUUGGCCUGGAAAACGUGGGAAAAAGAGAAGCUAAAUUUGGACAGUAACCUUUUUAUGUCAUGUGACAAUUAUUAUUGGCACCAGAGCAAUUUUAUGCAGAGGCUUUAAAAUAUUCAUUCACAGUAGCUUCUUAAACCAUCCAUGUGCUUUCAGUAAAUAUUAUUUUUAAAAGCAGCGCAAGUUGACAACAGCAAGAUUAGUAAUGAAAAGGCUGCUCAGAAAAAUGUGUGUGCACAAAUGAAAAAAAAAAGUGAAGGCAAUUGUGUAGUGAUUGUAUGUGAUAACUUUAGAAAUAAAAUGUGUGAAAUUUAUGCUUUCCCCACUUAAAAUAUUUGGAAUUUUAUGAAAUAUGUAUUUAUGUUUGUAUUUGGGAAAGAUUCCUCCUCUGUGACAUCAUACAGCACUUGAAAGUGAACAGUAUCCCAAAGCAGUUCUAGCCGUGCUUUGGAAGUGGAAAGGUUGGAAAUUGUAUGGCCCAGGAUGGCAGUAUGUAGUCCAGCGGCAAAUGUGUAUUAAUUGUUGUAUUUCAGAUUCUGUAUUGCAUGUUUUCUUAUUCAUUAAUAUUGAUAUUAAUAAAGUAGUUAUGAGAAAAAAGA